AGCACGUCACGGACAAGCAGCCGGUCCAGAGCCACGUCGACAGUGACCAGCAGCAUCUUCACUCUCAACAACAAGAAGAGAUCAACCUCAAGAAAGAAGCAGCAGCUGGGAAGUUGCUUCAAAGUUGAAUCCGCGGACGAGUGAAGUGGCCGCCAGAUCUGGAACCCGAACCCUGCUCUGCCCCACAGCGUGCGGCGUGUACGCUACGCCCCACUGCUAUCGUGCAGAUAAAAGGAAGCCUUCACCCAGAGAUGAGUGAGAGUAGAGCAAGCAGAGGGAAUGGCGCACCGGGGUUUGUUUAACGCAGAGAGGUUCCAGGAGGGUCCGUUGACGAACGAUCUGAGGUUUGGAGCGCAGACGCAGAUGCAGACGCAGACGCAGACGCAGACGUCGCAGGAGCAGCUGUACGCGCUGACGAACGCGAUCAAGAAAGCGACGCUGAAAGAUGAUCUUGCGCCGAAAGCCAAGCAUGUUGACUACUGCGUGGAGUAUACCUGGCGCAACGAGACCGCGCUGUAUUUCUGGUCGCAGAUAAAAGCGCAAUCAACGGGCGCGAAAGGCAAUAGCGUACGGAUAUUCAAAGCCCUUGCGCUCGCGCACAGAGUCAUGCAGGACGGACACCCUACCGCGCGGAGUAUGGCCCCGCGGUAUCUGGACUGGUUCGUGGGCAUUAGUGAAGAUGAGAGAGCGCAGAAGGGAGCAGGAGUAGAGAUGGCGGGGUUGGUGAGGGAGUAUGCGGGGUGUUUGGCGGAGAAAGUGAGGUUGCAUUCGCGGUAUGCUGGGUUUGAUGGACUCCUCCGUGAGAUUGAAGGGACACCGACGUUAUCCUCCGCGCAAAACUACUCCCUCGCGCUCGACCUGCAAAACAUGCACUCCCAGUUCUCGAAAUUCUUCUCAAAUCUGCUCACACAGAUCUCCGCCGACCGCAGCGCAAAGUCCCUCGACCCCUCGCUGCUGUGCGUGAUUAAAGAGACAGCGGGGGUGCAAAGACUCGCCACGUCCGUGCUGAGAUCGGUGUAUAGAGAGGGAGGAGAGUAUGAUCUUGCUGCGUUGAGGGUGAAGUACGAAGAGCAGCAUCGGGAAUUACGAGAGUUACUCGCUCUAUGCUUGCAGCAGAGUUUAUUUACCCAAGAAAUUGAGAGUCUGGAAUUUGCAGAGACACCGCCUGAUGUACAGGAAGAAGCGCUGCCGGCGUAUGAAAGAGUGCCGGAGUACCACGACCAGCAUGAUCCUCCGGCUUACGACGGUCGAUGAUGGUCAUAGAUUGUUAAUACACAAAUACAGUAGAUGCACGAGAAAUCUGCAUUCAGCAAGCGGGCGAGGUGGGUAAUAGAAAGGAGCUCCGUAUAUCGAUCAAAUAGAUCAGAAACAGUUCCACACUCAAAGACCUGCAAUGACCUAAAUACACCUACUCACCUUCUAGACCCUAUAAACUACCACCUUCCAGACCUCCAUAACUACUCAUCGUC